AUGCUACCCUUCUGGGCAGCUGCUCCCUGGACCAAUCAGAGCCGCACACAUGAGCUGGAGUUCGUUCUGCUGGGCUUUGCACAUGUGCCCUCCCUGCGCCCAAUGCUCGCAGUGCUCUUCCUGGCCAUCUUCCUGCUCACGCUGCUAGGCAACACGCUCAUCGCCCUGCUCACCAGCCUGGACCCAGGCCUGCGAGCGCCCAUGUACUUGUUCCUGCGCCAGCUGGCCCUGGUGGAGAUCUGCUUCUCACUGGACGUGGCGCCCCGUCUGCUGGUGACCCUGCUGCGACCUGGUCGCGGGAUGUACCCCAUAAGCUGUGCCCUGCAGCUGUUCUUCGUGUUGUCCUGUGUCACAUCUGAGUCCUUGCUCCUCACAGUCAUGGCCUGGGACCGCUUCCUGGCCAUUUGCAGGCCUCUGCACUAUGGUACCAUCAUGAGCUUGAGGCUGUGCCACCUGCUGGCCACCACCUGCUGGCUCGCAGGAGUCCCUGUGUCGCUGGUCUUCACCAUCUGGCUCUUCAACUUCCCGUACUGUGGGUCUCGGGGCAUUCGGCACUACCUCUGUGACAUACCACCUCUGCUGAGCCUGGUGUGUGCAGACACCAGAGUCUUCGAGGACAGUAUUUUCGUGAUCACUGUGGUAUUUAUGAUUGUUCCUGUAUCUCUGAUAGUCACGUCCUAUACCAGGAUUCUGGUUGCUGUCCUUCGGAUGCCGUCAGCCUCUGGGCGCCACAAGGCCCUGUCCACCUGUGCCUCCCACCUCGUCGUGGUAAUUCUGUUUUAUUGCACAACAGGUGUCAUCCACUUGCGCCCCAAGUCCAGCUACUCCCCUGAGAGCAAGCAAGUGGUGUCCCUGUCCUACACCAUGGUGACCCCCAUGCUCAACCCCCUCAUCUACAGCCUGCGGAACAAGGAGGUCAAGGCUGCCUUAGUUCGUGUCUUCAUUCAGAGACGAGGUACCUUUACCCCUUGACCUCUCUAUAUGACUUCAUUUACCCGAUUACUUGGGGAGCAUUUCUAACUUAGUGGUCUUGAGGACCUCAGUUAAACCCUUCAGUUCCACUCGUUUUUCCAAAAAUGACAUAAUCUUCUCAUUUUAAAAAUGAUUUAUUCUUGUUAGGUUUUGUUAUGUGUAGGUGUUUCUGCAUGUGAAUAUGAGCACAUGAGUAUCACAACCCUUUGGUCGGAUGCAUAUGAUCUCCUGGACUUGAAGUUACAGUCAGUUUCUAGGUGCCUGAUGUGGGUACUGGCACCUGAGCUCAUGUCCUGUGGAGGGGCUACAGUGGUCAUGUUGUUAAACUUCAAGUAUUCUCAUUUACAUCCAUACAUUUGUCAAGGAACCUGGUUAAGAUACUUGUUCAUGUUUGUAAUGUUGAGAACAAGUGACUGCGUGCUUGGCUGUAGGUCUAUCAACCCAGUUACAAGGCUCACAAAAUAAGGACUCAGGCAUCAUGCUGGCUUGCCAUAUCACCUGACAGAAUGCACUCAGGCAGCACCCUGGUCAGCCCAGGGCUCCAUGAUUGCAUAUUCUGCAAGCAGAUGCAAGGGGCCCCUUUAAAAGAAAGACCCUGCCCACUUAGGUUAUCUUUUCCAGCUGUCUUUGCUGCUUCUCUCUUUCCUGCUUCUGUUUUUCCUGACAUUCUCCUGGGGCUGACGGGACUUUUCCUGUCUCCCUCUUCUCUUUCGUCCUCUCUGUCUCUGUGUCUCUUUACCUCUUUUCUCUUCACGCCCCACUGCCCUUUCUAAUAAAAUUUCUCACUUAGGCUCUGUCUGCCUGGUGUGUUUGUCCCUCCACCUCGGUCUUGCUCAUCUGCCGUGGAAUCCCCCACUCAGGGUUCUCCUUGAGCUUCCUCAUUGAUGUGAUCUGGGCCACUAAGGAAAAUGGACGGAAAAAACAAAAGAAAAUAAAAAUCCCCUACUAAGUGAGGGGGGGUUACAGGAUCAGAAGCUCAGACCCACCAGCAGCUGCAACAGCAUUGGCAGCUACUCCCUUAGCCCACAAUCACAGGAUGUGCUCGGGCCGUGGAAUCCCAGAGAACAGAUGUGGCAAUUAAUUCUACCUAACCAAAGGCAGUUAUUGUCUUCUCAAGGCCUCGUCUAAAUUUGUAUGAAAAAUUGAGAUGCUAUAACUAUGUAUAAAGACUUACUGUGCUAAGUAAUCUCUGUAACUAUGGGAACACUACCGAGACUUGCAGUCUCAGGAUUCUCUCUCACUUCUUCUCAAGGCCUUUUGUUUCUGAUAACCUUUGCUAUACCCUGCAGACUAGGACUUGCAGACUCGGGACACCCCCGUCCCCUCCUUUUUUCUUUUAAAGUGCCAUGCUUUUGCUGCCCUCCUGACAGAGUUGAGCCCCAGCGAGUUGGUUUUCCUGAAAUAAAUGGACCUUCUUGUACUUGGA